AGCAAUAAUUAUAGUUACAUGUGCUUUGAUUUUUAACCGCUUCAUUUUUUUUCCAGAGUGAAAAUGGAAAAGCUCAGAAAAAGACACGACCUUUAUGCUAUUUCCUUUUAAAACGCUGGAACAAUCGAUCCAUUAUCUUCUUCGUCCCAUUCAAUUCCCAUGGAGGAGAAACUGCCCUCCGAUUUAUGGCUCAAAAUACUAUGCUUAUUGGAUCAUCAAAGUCUUGCCACUGCUCAAUUGGUGUGCAGGAAGUGGAGAUUCUUAGCUUCAGAUGAUACUUUGUGGUCUAAUCUGUUUAUAGAAAGGUGGGGUACAGAUCGUGCUGCAUUUUUUUCUCCUGCUGCAGGUUCAAAAUUGUGGAAAGAUGUCUAUGUAACUCAAGAUCGAGGUGAUCGUAUUGGACUGGGCCUUAAGAUCAUAAGAGAAGGAGAUGAUUAUUACCUGGUUCACCUAGGUGAGAUUCAAAGGCAUUUGGGUUCCCGGAGACCUGUAAGUGAAGAGAUCUUUGACUUUCCUUCAGCCACCACCUUGAGAGAAGAAGAUUGCCAUAAUGAAGAGGAGGAACGUUCCUCCGGUAUUUUGGACAAAAUCCUUUUCUUUAUUGGUGACCUAGAAUCUGCUUCGUUACAAGCGAAAAGAAGUCGGGUUGUAUAGAAAAUUAUAAAAAUGAUUGAUUGAUUGUCCAGUUGUGUAUUUGUAGAUCAUAUGUUGUUGUAAUAUUCAUCUUUGUAGCUUCGUGUGUGUAGCCUUCACAUUUAUUCAGUGCAUGUCUCUCCCCGUGCAUCUCUUGUAAUGUGUAACUUUCUUCUGAAAACGUUGAAAUUUGUAAAUUUGAUUCAUAAACGCUUGAUGAAUCUCAAUGUGCUUCUUAAAUUUUUAUGUACCAUGCAUUCCUAGUGUUACAAAUGUGAAUGGUCUUUACUGUGUAUGCUUGCGUAGUGAUGAGCCGUAU